AUGGUCCGCCUCGCGACUUCCCUGGUCCUAGCGGCCUCCCUGUCCGCCUCGGCCCUCGCCGCCGACACCAUUACCUGCUCCGCCAGCAGCCAGUGCCCAGAGGACAUGCCGUGCUGCUCUCAAUAUGGUGAGUGCGGUACUGGCGCCUACUGCCUCGGUGGCUGCGACGUUCGUUACUCCUUCGCGCUCGACUCGUGCGCCCCAAUGCCGAUCUGCGAGUCCAAGUCCUACACCUGGGACAACCUCGACAACCUCGCCCUCAACACCAAGUACCUCGGUGAUGCCUCCAAAGCCGACUGGGUCUACUCUGGUUUCCCCAAGAUCCAGGACGGCACCAUGCUGAUGACCAUGCCCAAGAACACUGUCGGCACGCUGAUUUCCAGCAGCCACUACAUCUUUUACGGCAAGGUCUCGGGCAAGUUCAAGAGCUCGCGUGGUGAUGGUGUUGUUUCCUCCUUCAUCCUGAUGUCGGACGUCCAGGACGAGAUUGAUCUGGAGUGGGUUGGCGCCGACUUGGCCCACGUGCAGAGCAACUACUACUGGCAGGGUGUUCUGGACUGGCACAACAGCGCGAACCUGACCAUCCCCGGCGGUGACACUUUCGACGACUGGCACACCUACGAGCUCGACUGGAGCCCCGAACAGCUGACCUGGAGCGUCGACGGCACCGUGCAGCGUACACUGACCAAGUCGUCCACUUACAACUCGACCUCGAACGUGUACCAGUACCCUCAGACCCCCGCGCGUCUGCAGUUCUCCAUCUGGCCCGCCGGUGCGUCCACCAGCGCCCCCGGCACUAUCGCUUGGGCCGGUGGUGCCAUCGACUGGGACAGUGCGGAUAUCCAGCAAUACGGUUAUGACUUUGCGACCAUUGGCGAUGUCAGCGUCGAGUGCUACAGCGUCCCCUCCGGCACGGACCAGUCUGGCAACAACGCCUACAUCUACACCAGCACUGACGCCCUGCAAAGCGACAUCGCCAUCGUCAACAACUCGACUAUUCUGGGCUCCAUGGGUGCUACUGGCUCUGACCCCUCUUUGGGUGCUAGCGCCAGCGGUUCUUCGGCUACUGCUUCUGCUUCCGCUAGUGACAGCGUUCCCUCCUCAUCGAGCGGCGGCGCUGGCGAGCACUCCGGCAGUGGCAGCGGCAGCGGCAGCGGCAAUAGCAGCAGCGGCGGCAGCGGUGGCUCGAGCACUACCUCUGGUUCGGGCUCUUCGAGCAGCGGUGGCUUCAGCCAAAACGGCGGCAGUGGCAGCGGCAGCGGCUCUGGCUCCGGCUCCGGCACCGGCAACGGUGCUCCCAGCCAGAACGAGCGCGUCCUGCGUGGCUCGCUCUUUGCUGUCCUGGUUGCCGUCGUGGUCCUGGUGACGCUGUAA